CCACCAACCACCGCAGGAAGUUAGUGGGGCUUUUAUCCUACUAAGAAAAAAAAAGUUCUGGAGGAAUAAAUUUCUGGAUUGUUCAUCCUCUUCCCUCUCUUUGUCUUUCUUCGUCGCCAGUAUCCUCGACCAACUUCCGCCAAUUUUUUCGCCAUGGGUACUGGAAAGAAGGAGGCCACCCGGCGUGAGCGCCAGGGUAAAGGUGGCGAUGGUCUCAACAAUGUUAGAACUAAGGGAGAGAACUUCUAUCGCGAUGCGAAGAAGGUCAAGCACCUUAACAUGUACAAGGAGGGCAAGGCGCAGAGAAACGCUGAGGGAAAGAUUGUUAAAGCUGCCUCCUUUCAGUCGCGCGACGUUCCUAACGCCCGCAUCGAGCCGAACCGCAAGUGGUUUACCAACACCCGAGUUGUCUCCCAAGAUACCCUCAAUGCCUUUCGUGAGGCUAUGGAUGAGAAGGCCCGCGACCCCUACCAAGUUCUUCUCAAGUCAAACAAGCUGCCCAUGAGCCUUAUCAGAGAUGGAAAGGACACCGAGAACGGUAUCAAGCAGCACAAGGCCAAGAUGACCGUCGAGACCUCUCCCUUCGCUGAGGUGUUCGGUCCCAAGGCGCAACGCAAGCGAGUUAAGCUCGGUGUUAGCAGCCUGGAUGACCUUGCUGGUGACACCGAGAAGAGCAUGGAUACCUAUCGUGAGAGGCUGGAACAACAGAAGCUUCUCAGCGGAACAUCUGGUGAUCCGGAGACUCUCGGAGACACUGAUAAGCCUCUUACUAUGUCGAUUGAGCCUGUUUUCGAUAAGGGUCAGAGCAAACGAAUCUGGAACGAGCUUUACAAGGUCAUCGAUUCCUCAGAUGUGGUCAUCCACGUUCUCGAUGCUCGAGACCCUGUUGGAACAAGAUGUCUCAGCGUUGAGAAGUAUCUCAAGGAAGAAGCUCCCCACAAGCACUUGAUCUUUGUUCUGAACAAAUGUGACCUGGUCCCUACCAGUGUAGCAGCUGGAUGGGUUCGAAGUCUCUCUAAAGAGUACCCUACUCUUGCUUUCCACGCUAGCAUUACGAACUCUUUCGGAAAGGGUUCUCUCAUUCAGUUACUUCGACAAUUCUCCUCCCUCCAUUCUGAUCGAAAACAAAUCUCUGUUGGACUGAUUGGUGGACCCAACACUGGAAAGUCCUCCAUCAUCAACACUCUCCUCAAGAAGAAGGUCUGCACUGUCGCUCCUAUCCCAGGAGAGACUAAGGUCUGGCAAUAUGUCAGCCUGAUGAAGCGGAUUUACCUAAUAGACUGUCCUGGAAUUGUUCCUCCGUCAAGCACUGAUUCACCUACCGACUUGGUCCUUCGAGGUGUCGUGCGUGUGGAGAAGGUUGAGCACCCUGAACAGUAUAUCCAGCCUCUGCUGAACCGGGUCAAGCAGCACCACAUGGAGAAGACAUACGAGCUCAAGGGAUGGACAAACUCUACAGAGUUUCUUGAGCUUCUGGCCCGCAAGGCUGGACGACUUCUCCGUGGAGGUGAGCCUGACUUGGAUGGUGUAGCGAAGAUGAUUCUCAACGAUUUCAUGCGAGGCAAGAUUCCAUGGUUCACACCUGCGCCCAAAACUGAGGGUGAGGCGGACGGCAAGGUUGGAAACCGUGAAGGUAGACUUGGAGAGAUGCCUCGAAAGCGAAAGCAGGAAGAGACUGUUGAAGAUGAAGAUGCUUCUGCCGAAGCCCAGCUUCAACGAGAGGCUGAAGCCGCGGAGAAGGCCGAGCAGGAGAGCCCUGAUGGUUCCGACGAAGAAUCAGAGUUUGAAGGUUUCGGUAGUGACACUGAGGAAGCACGAUCAAGAAAGCCUUCGUUUGGUGCUACUGUGGACGGUGAAGAUAGUGAUGGCGAUAGCGCCGACGAUGAUGUGAUAUCUAUCGGUGGCUCUGAAGCAGCGGAUGAAGAACAAGAGGAAGAGGCACCUGCAUCUGCAGCUAAGCAGAGUAAAGGAAAGAAGACGAAAGGCGGUCCUCCAAACAAGAAAAGGAGGACAUGAUCGGCCUGGAGUUGAUCAAAUUAUCAUAGUCUUUAUCUUCAUUCGAGGUACUUGCUCGCGCACCCUCAACUAAACCCUUAAUGAUACCCACGUUAAUACUUCCAUACCUUGAAAAUCGGUCUUGCAGUGCCAUGACAUCUAUCUCAACUGAGAUAAGCAGAAUGGCCGUUGCCUUUAUCUCCAACGCCGCUAAGCUAUGUCUUU